GAAGCUACAAAUAAUCUUUAUAUUGUCUUUUUCGCUUAGAUAUUUUUAAAUUAUAUUUAACAUUGGUUGUUUACGAGAUAAAAUAUAAUUUGCGUUGAAUUUCAAGUGUAUUUAAGUAAUGCACACUGAUUUAUCACCACAUUUGCACACUGAUGAGUGCAAUAUUUUUAUAAAAAAAUUGCAGGAUUGUCAUGUCGAGCAUUCAUUCCUGAAAUUCAUGGGAUACUGCAAUGAUUUUGAUAGGGAUAUGAGAAGGUGCCUUAAAGCAGAGCGCAUAAACCGCCAAAAAGCUAACUUAGAAAAUUCCCGGAAGCGGCACGCCGAAAUACAUGCACGCAUACGAGCUCAAGAACGUCGAGAAACUGAACAGCGAGCCAAAGAACAGGCUGCAUUAUAACUCCACUAAACAAACAACUCCCAUCGCAAUGACAGAAUUUAAUAUCUUAGACUCAAUACCAGACUUAACUAAAGUGAAGACAUUCACAGAAAGAUAUUUCACCAAAAGAUAUAUUCUUGACUUUGGUGGAAUAAAAAACAAUGACAUCAUGCUCAUGUACCAUUCUAAUAGAAUAACCCUUCUUUACCUUGCCCCGAGUCAUAGUUUUUUCAAAAAAGAAGGAGAAUACAAACUUAAUUUUUCCAUUGGUAAUAUUAACCGACUGAAUAAUGCUGUCAAAGGUAAAAGUAAAAAGGGUGGUCAGCAUUUAACACCAAAUUCCAUAAUAUGUAAGAUAGAGUAUGAUGAUGGCACUAGCUUCGAAGUUCCUUGUGGUAUUAAAGGUACUCUGAUAGAAAUCAAUGAACAGUUGGUUGAUCAUCCAGAUGUGCUAAAGAAAGAGCCAGAUGAUGGUUUUAUUGCAGUUAUUUUAUCAAGUAUUGCUAAUUCUGAAGCGACUAAGAAUGAACUGUUGUCUCAUGAAAAAUAUGUUAAGUUAAUAAAAGAUGUUAGUAAAUAGUUUUAAUUUAGUAAAAUAUAUUUUUAAUUGCAUUUCAAAUCUUUUUAUUUACACACAGGUACAUAAAGCAGGGUUACCAUAUAAUUGAAGUGUAGA